UCCAACUCAUUCCACACUUUAUAAAUAACACAUCAAAAAUUCAUCAUAGCUCCAAAAGCACAACAAUGGGUAAUAGCUUACGGUGUUGUUUGGCUUGUGUUCUUCCAUGUGGAGCACUAGACUUGAUUCGUAUAGUUCAUUUAAAUGGUUAUGUAGAAGAGUUUUCACGUCCAAUUUCAGCCGGUGAAGUCCUCAAAGCCAAUCCAAAUCAUGUUCUAAGCAAACCAAGCUCCGAAGGUGUUGUCCGCCGGAUUCUCAUCCUCUCGCCGGAGACCGAGCUCAAGAGAGGAAGCAUAUACUUCUUGAUCCCAUCAUCGUCGAUACCGGAUAAGAAAAGGCGGGUGAGGAGAGGCGUGGCGGAAAAAGAUCUUGAAAACAAAAAACAAUUCUCCUAUGAGGAGAAGACUAGAAAGUACGACGAUGAAUUAUUAUCAUCAUCGCGAAAGUAUUAUGAGUCUAAGGAGAUGAGAGGCUCGCGGCGAGAUCGCCGGCAUAGCCGGAGUGGUGUGUGGCAGCCUCAUCUUGAAAGCAUAACAGAAGACUUGUGUUAGUUUUAUGUUUUGAAAAUUUGCCGGUGCCGGAAUCUGGCUUUAUGGAAUGGAACCAAAAAAGGUUCAAUACUUGAGUUAUUAAAAUAUAUAGUUAAAUGACUAUUUUUCUCUUCUCUUUUAUCUUUCUUUUGAAAGUUGUGAGUAUUAAUUUUGUGAAUAAAAAUAUCAACUAGGUUUCUUGUUUAA